UAAAUAAAAGGUCAAUAUCGAUAAGGGAGAUCAAUCUGCUUUAUUUGUACCGUAACUUUGUCAACAAGUCGGCCUGUUCAUGUUUUCUCAGUAGUAAACUAGAUCUAUCUAGAUCUAGAUCUAGAUUGACUAGAUCUAGUAGUAAUACUAGGAUCAGUCACAGUGUUUUCCAAACUGUGUUUCGCAGAACCCCAGUAUUCCGCAACCUACAAGUAAGGCUGUUCAAGGCCUGAAUAGGUGUUCCACGUAAAACAGAUAAGAAAAUGACAAGUUCAUCACCAAGAUUUGGACAAAUUGCAUUUACUAAAGAAGAAGAAGAAGUGAUUCAGAAUGCAUUGAGACAAAGGCUGGGGCCAGAGUUUAUAAGCCAGCGUGUUGGAGCUGCUGGUCUAAAGGUGGCAUACAUUGAAGGAUGGAAACUGAUUAAUUUAGCCAAUGAAAUGUUUGGCUUUAAUGGAUGGUCUCAUGGUGUUUCUCAGCAGACAAUAGAUUUUGUGGAUCAUGUAAAUGGAAAAUACUAUGUAGGAGUUAGUGCUCUUGUUAAAGUUCAGUUAAAGGAUGGAGUUUAUCAUGAAGAUGUUGGCUAUGGUGUCAGUGAAGGAAUGAAAUCAAAAGCACUAUCACUUGAGAAGGCCAAGAAAGAAGCAGUGACAGAUGGACUGAAAAGAGCCUUAAAGAGUUUUGGAAACAGCAUGGGCAAUUGUCUUGGAGAUAAAGAUUAUUUGAAAUGCAUUAGCAAGGCUUCAAAACCUCCAGGAGAGUUGUACAAUGUUGAAAGCAUGAAACACACAGCCACAGAUGAUGUUGUAGAAAAAGUCAGAUACAAAGGUCAUGAAAAGAGAAAGACUGAGGAGCCAUUUAUGGAUGAGACCUGUCGACUGCCAGUGAAAGACUGCAUUAGCAAAGUUAAAAAGCUUAAAGAAUCACCAACAAUUGAAAAUACUAUAAAACAAGAACAACAUGGAUUAAAAAGAUGUUAUUCAGAACAGCUUCCAUGUUAUCCAGAACAGCUUCCAAAAGCUACAAGUCUAACCAAAUUAAAAGAUAUUCCCCCAGGAAAUCCAAUAAAUGGAAGCAUAGUCAAAGUUGAACAGGGCAAACAAAAUAUAAAAGAAAGUCCAUCAUCUGCUAGUAUUGACAUGCUGGUGGAGGAAGAUAAUUUUGAAAUUUGGACUCCAGAUGCAGAAGAUUUGUUUGCUAUAGAUGAAGCGUCAUGUUUACAAAAUGCAACAGUAGCUAAAGAUACUAAAAAAGGUCCAAUGAACCUAACUUCUGGAACUUAAUGGAGAUCCUAAAUUAUUAGACCUUUGUGUGUAUGUGUUUUAUUUGAGAGAAGUGUCAUCUAAAAUCUAUAUUUGUGAUAUUUCAUUUUUGUAUAACUAGCUACUUGAUAAUGAAAUAAUGCUGGCAAGUUGAAAAUAAUUGUGUAUAUGCAUUCAUGUUGUGAUACAUUUUGUUUGCCUAUAACCAGUCCCAGCAAUUUGGGAAUGGGUAGGGGGUGGUAGGUUUAAAAAAUGAAAUUUUUAUAUUGUCAUUGACAGUUGUUUUUUUGUCUAGUACAUUCUUCAAUCUCUUUUGUCAACCAGUAGGGUGGAAGAAGGUUUCCUAGCUGCCUUUAGGGGCUAAGCAAACACAACUCUGCUUGAAUCUGGUUUUGAACUCAAGCUCACUUAAUAGAUGGCCAAAGGUUAAUGCCUGUCAGCCACAAGUAAUUAAUCAUGAACAAGUUUAAAUAAUGAGAAAUUCUUUUUUCAAAUAAUUCUUUUCCUGUAUCUGGUUCGUUAUUAAAGCUGAGGAUUUAUUUCUAAGUAAUAUAAACAACUAGUUGAUUUCAUUCAGCUUGACAACAAUUUUUU